CACGGUCAGGCGACCGGAAGUGAACAGUGGAGCGGCUACGAGCAGCUAACUCUGUCUCUCUACUAACAUUAACAAGUUGCCUCUAUCAGAUCGCUCCUACGUUUUGUUCUCCGCGUUGGGUUUGGAGCAAAAGCAACAAUGUCUGAAAGAAAAGUAUUGAAUAAAUACUACCCCCCGGAUUUUGAUCCAGCCAAAAUCCCAAAACUCAAACUCCCUAAAGAUCGCCAAUAUGUAGUCAGAUUGAUGGCGCCGUUCAACAUGAGGUGUAAAACAUGUGGAGAAUACAUCUACAAGGGGAAGAAGUUCAACGCACGCAAAGAGACCGUUAUGAAUGAGCUGUACAUGGGACUUCCCAUCUUCCGUUUCUACAUCAAAUGUACCAGAUGCCUUGCUGAGAUUACAUUUAAGACUGACCCAGAGAACACAGACUAUGCAAUGGAGCACGGUGCAACAAGAAACUUCCAAGCAGAGAAACUGGUUGAGGAGGCGGAGAAGAGAGUCCAACAGGAGAGAGAAGAGGAGGAACUGAACAACCCCAUGAAGGUGUUGGAGAACCGUACAAAGGAUUCAAAGAUGGAGAUGGAGGUGCUGGAAAACCUGCAGGAGUUGAAGGAGUUGAACCAGAGACAGGCUCAGGUGGACUUUGAGGGAAUGAUCGACCGGUACAGGGAUCUGGAGAAAAGAGAAAAGGAGAGGGAGAAAGAAGAGGACGAACGGGAGACAAAAGAGAUGUUGGAUCGUGUCCUUGUGAAAAGACUCAGAGACUCUGACUCUGAUUCAGAGAAAGAAGAGGAGAGCUGCAGCUCGCAGUCAAAGGAACUCGGUACAGACAAACCAACUGAUAUCCUCACCACAGUCAAACCCACAGAGGCACAGGGAACCUCUGCUGGAGGAGUGAAGAAGGCCAAGGUGGAGAGCUGGGAGAGGAGUGUGGGGACGCUGGGCAGUAAAGGGGCACUGGGCUCCCUGGUCGUACGGAAGAAACCCGCAGCGUCUGUCAACAAACCCGUACCCGUGACAGCCGCUGCUGCUCCCACUUCACAAACCGAUUCAAAGGCAUCUACGACUGACUCCAACAACGCCUCCAAGCCUGUUACCACACAAAAUGGGUCAUCUUCUCUCAGCCUGCUGGGGGCGUAUUCAGACAGUGACAGCGAAUGAAUAAAAGAUGCUAUGGGUGUUUUUUUUAUUUGAAUGACGGGACACACAAUUGUAUAAAUGAUGCGUGACGAAAUACAAUGCUAUUGAAUAUUUUGCAAUUUCUGUAUAGAACUCAAUCAUCUGUAAACCAGUUUGUGGGUCUGUCCUAUAAAUAAUAUUUCUCUAAAGAAGUGACUGAUGAAAAGUAAAUGUGUUGCUGGGCACUGAUGUUAGUCUGGAAUUUUAGUCUUGUGUAAGUCAUUUUUGCCCUAUUACAAUUGGGUGUAUGUUAUAAUGUUUAUUAAAAUCAGUUUAACUUCAA